UAUUCACCCCAACACGAAUCAGCCAUUAAUUCUCGCCGACCCCUUUGUUCCUCCUACGUGUACACACUACCCAGUGCGUUCCCUGGCCGACUUGCACGCUUGCACGCUUUCCCCCCCUGCACCCUUUUCCGCUUCAUCCACUCAGCCUGACUGUACCUUGUUCCUAAGAUUAGAUUCUUGGAAGACGGAGGAUCCACCGUUGCCCAAGGCCUACACAUGGUCUUACCGUACCUGCUAUCAUAGUCAUUCGACUUCACUCAACACAAUGGCUCAAACGCAACAAGUCGGCGCUGCCCCUCCCUCGUUGUUCUCCAGCAAUAGUGCUCCUGUCUCUACCCCCACGCCUGCUGCUCAAGCCACUACUCCGUCGUCUGGUGGCUCGGGAGCCAAUACUUUCCUCAUGACAGCAAGCCCCGUCCGCAACCGCAGGUCCACCGCCGAAGGAUACAAACCGAAGCUCAUAUCCACUAUUGGUGCUAAGCCUGCAUGCCUGGUUAAUGCGUCAGUCACAUACGUGGGCAACGAUCAGAUAUAUGCUUUCGGUGGCUUUGAUCAAUUCACUGAUGAAGUAUACAAUCAUGUAUUGCGGUUGAAUCUAGCCACUCGUCAAUGGAAUCUCGUUGAUAACUACGGUGACAUCCCCGGAGUACGCAUGGGCCAUACCGCAUGUUUGUGGGGAUCCGACAAGCUUCUCGUCUUCGGAGGAGAGAACGAACAUAGACAGCAUCUCUCUGACGUUGUCAUCUUCGAUUUGAAAACAUCUCACUGGACCCAACCCGAGCUACAUGGACCGACUCCUCGAGGUAGAGCCCGUCACUCUGCUGUUAUCUACGAUGACAAGUUGUACAUCAGUGGUGGACAAACUGGGCACGAAACAGUGCUGGACGACAUUUGCUUUCUCGAUUUGAAGACCUGGACAUGGUCGCGCUCCUGGAGGUUUGUCUGUCGUUAUGACCAUGCCAGUUGGAUCUGGAAUGGCCGCAUCUGGAUCUUUGGCGGCAUCAACGAGGACAUGGAAAAGAACAACGAGCUUUAUUGGCUGGAUUUACGUGGGAGCCCUGGGUUUGAGACGGCAAUGGCUUAUGGGACUGGCGAUCGCCAACUGGUCACCGCUCGACACAAGUUCCCUCCGUCAGGGGCAGGCCCACCAGCGACUGGCAGUACUGGCUACACAGCUAACUCGAGUGUGCAAUCGUACCCGAGUAUCAGCUCCUCUAAACAGCCUUAUAUCCCACCAGGUUCCAUAUCUUCGUUGCGCUUCCAUUCCGAUCCGAACCUACCUUCUCAAGCCGCUGGUAUGCAUUUCCAUGCAUUCUCAUCCGGGUGCAUGCUUGAUUUUGUAACACCCGCAGAACUUAGCUGCGAUACAAGCCUCUCAAGCCUUGAGCUUGACACUCUACGCUGGCAGAAACUAGCAGAUGGAAAGGAUCUUUAUAACCCUCAUUUCCGUUGGCACUACUGCACUAUGAAUUCUGAAGGGACCCACGCAUGGCUCUUAGGCAGCCCCGCUGAAGCAGCUGCAGAUGGGAACGGCGUCAACCCUGGCGAAUAUUUGAGCGAUGUUCUUGCCAUCGAUUUGCGCAAAUAUGGCAUCUUAGGAAAUGACCUAGCUAGCGAUCCACGGUCGAAGCUCCCGUCUUCCGACGCAAACGUGUCUUCUCACCUUACCGGUAUUGGCGCAGAUCUGUCAUUGACCUUCGAUCAGCCGCCCGAAUCAGGCAGCGGUGCUGACUUCAUCAUCACUGCUGAUCCUGAUGAUAUGGAUUACGAAGCCAGCCUUGAUAGAGCAUCCACAGAGUUGGCGUCGGUCUCUCGCCCUAUUCAUGUCCAUAGGUUCAUUCUACAUGCUCGCUGGCCUCAUUUUGCCCGGCUUUGGAGUGCACAGAUGAUCGAGUUUCACACCAAAAAGAUGCACAUUCCGGAACCCUAUUCAGCAGUUCGAGCGUUCCUCUACUAUCUGUACACCGAUAGCAUAGCACCCCACCCCCAGACUGGACCCAGCCUCAAUGAUGUAGCGGGCAUGCUUGUCAUGUCAAAUAUCUACGACAUGCCACGUUUACAGCUGCUGUGUGUCAGUCGCCUGGGGCGCGAGCUGGACAUAGAGCAUGCAGCUAUAAUUUGGGAGCGCGCAGCCACUGCUAACGAAGACUGGCUAAAAAGGAGAGCGGCUGCAUUCUGCUUACAGAACUGGGGCCGUGUCGUCCGCACCGCUGGAUUCAGGGGUUUGAGCCAUGGCAGCAUCGUCGACCUAUGCUCCGAACCCGACCUAGAUGCGAAGGUCGUUGGUGGCGAAGAGCUGGAGAUGAUGGGACACCACCGAGCCUUUACUUCAGGCAAUCGCAAGAGAAGCGUCGGGAGUACUGGUAUUCUACUAGCUGGUGAGGAGGAAGGUGACGAAGAUGCGGAAGAUGACGGUAUGGACGUCAACUGA